UAACCACCACUAACUACGAUUUGUUUACACCGCCAUUAAACACUCGCAUUGAAACCGGGCUUCUUGGUAACUCGAGUUCAGGCCCCACGAGAUCAUCUGAUAACGAAUUAAGUCAAAGGCCCGGAUGAUUUCUUUAAUGAACAUAAGUUAUAUUAACUGAGUUGUAUCGGUGUGACAAACCGGAUUUGAUUUGCCCGUCCUGCGAAGGAUGGCAAAAAAGAAGAUGACGGAACAAAUCGUCGGAACGUGGUUUCCAUCUGGAUACUAUGGCCAUUUCCGCAGCAAGUCCAGGAACGACUUUUGUAACGAAUAUCGCAAUCUUGCAAGACCACAACCACCAAAGCAAUUCUUCAACAGGUCAAAGCAACCAACACCAAGACAUGUGUUCUCUCACCAUGACAACAGGGAGUCUUUCUUGAAUGAUGCUCUUUAUUUUGAACAGGGAUUGGGACGAAAAAGGGUUCCAAAUGAAACAUACGAUUUUAAGCGGGAUUUCAUCACAUGGAUGCCUGAAAAGGAGUACAUCGAAAGGUCACGACCUCUUGUUUCAACCUACAAAGUUGACUUUAAGAACAAGAAGACAGAAAUCACUAAAUAUUCAUCAACUACCACAGUGGAACGCCAGGAACACCAUAAUAUACCACAGAUAAUGGUGAAACGUCCAAAGACUUCGUUUGACGGAGUUCCGACAACGUCAUACCGAUAUUCACAUGGUGAUAUGAGAAGUAACCCUAAUAAAGAAAUGAUCACGGCUGUAAACAAUGAAGCACUACAGCUAAGUUUGUUAAACAGGAAAAAUAGGGCCAUGUCAGCUAAAUCGAGCGGGAGAGAAUCCGUUGCGUCGUGCAUGAUCUGGCAAAGUGCUAAAACUGAAGCAUCAAGCUCUAAUGGAAAAUCUAGAAUUCCUGAAGCUACAGCAACGACAUCGUUCGUACCCCAUCCACCUCCGCCACGAGAGGCUCCUCAACCAAUGAAACAGGUCACCAUUUCAUCCCCGCCUAUUCAGAUGGAGGCGAGGGCCCCUGCCCCUCCAGCGCCUGCUCCAAUCAGUGUACCAGCUGCCUCCGUCAGUGUACCAAUGUGUACUCCCACCGUCUCUGCUCCACAGAUCACGUCACGGGCCAACAUUCCACAGCCGACGAUAGUGUGGAUACCACCUCAGACAGAGGUAGCUGGUUGAUCAGUAACGAAUAAUAUAUUAUAGUAGACAUAUAUCGUUAUCACUAUUUAUAUGGUAUAGCUUGUGCUUGUUGAAGAUUUUCAAUGUUAGAAAAUGUAAAAGAAAGCUUCUGUUUCCAUCAAUAUUUCUGUUAUAGUGAAAAUGAGAAUAUUUUCUUCAUCACACAGGAUAAGAAAUAUGUCUUUGCUGAACAAAUACUAGGCCAAAGUCUUCUGUUUAGAAUAAACAAUUUGUUUGGUUAUAUAUAUACACAUGUAUUUAGCUGGACCCGACUGAAGUUCUGGUUUAUACAGGUUCUGGAUUAAACACCAGUUUCAGUUUAGACAGACAUUCUGUAUAAUGCAUUCUACUCGGGGAGAGAAUAUCUGUAGAUAGUACUGUAGUUUCAUUGUUGUGUUUGAGUAGCUGUGCAAAAAUAUUAAACUGUAGAAAAAAGCAUCAAAAGAAAACGAAUGAAAUAUAAAAUACCUAGAUUUCUAUAACAAUUUAUUAAGAAAUCUGAUGAAAUAUUUGCCAAAUGCAUGUGUUUUCUUAUACAGUAGCAAUGUCCCACAAUGUCACUUAAUUAAGAUGGUUCAUUGUUAUGCAGUAUUAGGUUUAUUGAUUUCUUACUUUCUAACCACCCUAGUUUCCCAGAUGUUUCAUAGGAAGUUUAUUCAUAGUAAAGUUUUGAUAGAAUAAGGAAAAAUAUACAGUUAUGAAAAAAAAAGGAUUUUGAUUAUAGCAGUGCUGUUCAAUGGAAAAACCGAAAUUAAAGAUUUUUUUUAAGAAAUGUUAGAAGACUUAGGCCUACAUCUGAUUUAGACCUAAAGUUUACAUGCAAGAACAGUCCAGGCAGCUAGUUUUGAUAUCAUGACACCUUAUUUGGGCAUGCUUGCUAUUUGUGAAUUUAUAACUUGUUGUUUUGUAUGCUAUACUGACAUUUCUUAUUCUAGAUAUGGUUUCGGUACUUUUUCGUUUUUUCGUACGUACUGACAUUUGAUAAGAAAAGUAUAGCAUGCAAGUCCAUCUUAUAGCCCAUUGUCUACAAUGAACAUUCUAUAAAGGCUAAGAAACAAGCUUGAACUGGUAGCUUAGCACAUAUUUGAGUAAAUCGUAUGCAAAGUUUAGCCUUCUGGGUACAAGAAUUGUGCCGUUUAAGUGUUAUGUAAAAAUAAAAAAUAAAUUAAAAGACGAAAAAAAAAUCAAAAAAAUCUAUGUGUCUGUUAUACAUAUACACAUGGUUAAUCCAAAACUACAACCUAUCAAUACACAUUUUUUUUCAAUGUAUGCUUCAGUUUUUCCUGCUUUAUUUAUUAUAGUGGUUAUAUACAGGUCAUUAGUCUUUGGCUUAAAAUUGUAGUCUAAUCCGUUUCGGGUUUGGUACUUAAGUUUUAAGUGAUUAUGACAUACCCUCUUUAAUUCUCCUAGAAUGUUAAAAUAUAGCAUUACAAUAGCACGUAUAAGGACAAAAUAAUACGGUCUGUCAUUUCGUACAUUUUGCAUAGAGUACAUUUUGUGUCACAUGCAUGAUAGAUGUUGGUUAAUUUUACCAGAUGGAUUUUUUUUUAUUGGAGGGAUGAAAUACACCCAGAAAUAAAAAUCAAAUCAAAAGGUUUAGGGGAUGAUAUUUUGACACCUGACAUAUAUCUAAAAUUAAUUCUGAUUUUAUAUGUAUAAAUUACACACACCCAUAUAUAUUUUUUCACAUUUGUUAGAAAUUAAGUACUUGUAUUUAUUAAUUGAAGUGUCACUUUCGACGGGAAAGGAUAUCGUGGUAUAUGAUAUAUUUGCAACCUCUGGUGCUGGUUUAUACAUUUUGUUUUAAUGCACAGGAUGUACCGAAAACCACAGAAGUUAAAAAAAAAAAUGUUUGCUGAUUGAAUGUAUGCCAUAGGCUUUCAGCUUGAUUUCCGAUUUUAUGACACCACAAGAUAUUGGCGUAUAUUGCCAGUAAUUAAAACUUUUAUCAUUUAUUAUUCCAUGUGUCAUGUCUAUACUGUACAAUAUUUCCUUAGUGGAUUCAAUUAAACAGGAUAAGCUUUCCUUUUUUUUCUUUCCUGUAUAGACUUGUAUAGCGAAACACCAAAAUUAAAUUUUUUAAUUCAUUCAGAGAUCAUUUAAAAUUUCAUAAGGGCUAUAUAAAUGUCAAACGGCUGCUUGAAUAAGAUGUAAUCUUUCUGCAUCAAUCUUUGAUACAGUACAAACAUUAUGAAGUUUUAAAACGUGUUAAUUUGUACUUUUAGAAAAGUAGGCCUUUUGAGAGCAAUUGGUACAUAUAUUUUACAUGAAACUUGAUGCACUUUAUACUGAGACUGUUUUUAUGAUAUUUUCUGAUGAAAUGUCAAAGUUAGGAUUUAUUACAAUUCAUUAAUGACAGAAAACAGUUAUUUUCUUAAUCUGUAAUGUCUAUAUACAAAUUAUGUAAAAUACUUAUUAAUUAUUUACAUUUUGUACAUUAAUUUUAUUUGUUAUUAUUUCAUAUUUCUACAGUAUAUUUUAUUAUGUUAUCUGUCUGUACUUUAAGGAUAUGAUGAGGUAGAGAGAGACAAACUACCUUUGCCCUAGUGACCUAUUGGUCAUCUCAAUAAAUGAGUCUUAUGACAAAGUGAAACUUUGAAUGUCAGGUGUCGGAUUUGACAUGUAAGGAUUUGUGAGUUGGUGAUGGUAAGCUUUACAGUACAUACUUAAAAUGACAAGAUAAAAGUAUUUUAUUUAAACAACCUAUUGACUUUAUUUUUGUUAUAUUUAUGUGACACUUCCUUCCUGUAAUGUAUAAAAAAAAAUGUUGUGCAAAAGAACAUUAUAGUGCUUUUGUAAAAACAUACAUAUCCAGUAUAUAAUGUUUAAAGGGGAAUGCACUUUAUACGUCUUAUGAUAAAUCCUGUUAAUUUUAGAUUAGUAAAUGUCUAGAUGACCAUGUUUUCAUUACUGAACAUAUUCCUGAGGAAGUAUUUUAUCAUCAGUAAAACCUGUCUAAGGGCACUGGGCUUAUUGCUGAACAUGGGCUUAUUACCGAGCAUGGGUUUAUUGUUGAACAUGGGCUUAUUGCUGAACAUGGGCUUAUUGUUGAGCAUGGGCUUAUUGUUGAGCAUGGCCUUAUUGUUGAGCAUGGCCUUAUUGCUGGUAACAUUGUUUAACAGUGGCUGGUACCUUAGGCAUAAACAUUUCAUUGAUCAAGAUUCUAAAUAAUUUGAAAUUUGAAAUUUUCAUACUAGAUGUAAGGUUCGAAAACGAAAUCCUUCUUAGUUUAUAUAUACUGUAUAUAUCCUCAGCUUCAGUAAGAGUAGUUUACACAACAAUAAAUGCCCAGGAUAACUUCAACUUAUUGUACUGUAGAUAACAUAUAUUUCACACGCUUAUAUUUCACAAAAUUGACCAUUCCAUUUAUUCCUUCUCUUGCAGACAUUCAUGUUUUACUUACCAUAAAUGGCUUUUGCUAAGUAAAAAUUUAAAUGGUAAUCAGAGCUUAAUAUAAAUGUAUGUAAAACAAAAUAACAUGUGAAUAAAGAAAGCAGUCUGUAAACAUGCAGUAUAUCUAAAAAAAAAAAAUGUGUUUAAAGAUUUAGGUGGAGAGUCACAGCGCUAUGUUGUAUCUCAAAUGAAUAUACAUAUGUAUUAUUAUUUCCCUUUCUUCACAAAAUCAUUUCUGUCACAUUCCUGGACCUUUAUAUAAUGAAACAGGGAGCACACUAAUCUGAAUAUACCUUGGGGUAAUAUCAAAACGAUCUAACUCGCUAAAAAGACCCCAAACUCAAUUGUUGUCUUUGUAUAUUGUAUUUAUAUUUGAAAUGAAAUAUCUAAUAGGAAAAUAUAUUUGCAAGACCUGUAUUCAGUAGAAAAGUAUUGGGAUUUUAUGUGAUGGUAUUUUUUUUAAUUUCAUAUAUUUAUACACAUUAUUAAUUUACAUUGCUACAGCUCUAUUUCAUGUACUUUAAUACUGUUUUCGUUAAAGUAUUGUUUUUUUCUUGUGUGUUUGCUUAUUUUUGACUUAAAGAUCUGUUUUUGUUAAGCUGAUGUUCGUUGAUGAAUUUUAGGUUUUAGUUUUUUCUUUGUAUUCAAAAUAUGGCUGUAGCUAGCAAUUUAGAAACUUCUUUACCUCAUGUAUGUAUAUUAGUGUUGUUUUUUAUACACAAUUUAUUACCUUUUUUUACUGUAUAAAUAAGUUAAAACUAAAUGAAAGACUGAUUAGCUGAGUUUUGGAAUGCAUCAAUAAAAGUUUACUUAAGAUUUUUGUAUUUUAAUUGUUAUCAGUUAAAGAUGUUAUCUAAAAGUAUGUUAUUGCUAAUAAAAUUUUGAUCUAUUUAAAAUAAUUGUACUUGUUUAUUAUUAUCUGGAAUUACAAAAUAAACAUAUUUUUUAAAGUAAAAACAUUGUUCAAAGAAAUUGACAAAAACAACAAUAACAUAUCAAAUUUGUAUGACAAUGUCCUAUUUUACAUUGCGGAAAGACUGAGAUUCCAUCUCUUUUUUUUCAAUUAUUUUUUCUGUCCAUGAUAUCUAAGCCAAAUUGAUUAAUAGUUUCUUCUACAUAAUUGUCCAUGGUGUCAUGAUUUUUUGACAAUUUUGGCCUAUGGUCUAUCAGUCAAAGCUGAAUUUUUCGAGCAUUUGGGAAAUGAGAUAAACGAUGCUGAUUUUUUUGGCAAUUUUGGGAGGCUUUGAUUUGUACAAUUGGGAUAUCUUUUACGGAAUCAUCCUUUAAAAUAUUUAAUUAUUUAAUUAUAUACUUGCAAAAAUAUAAUUAUUAUAUGUUUAUUGGUGUUAUUAUCACUUCAAAAGUAUAAAUCUAAGUAUGUUUUUAACAUCUAAUUUUUGUAGAGUGAAUUGUUCUAUGGUAUCAAUAUUGUUAUUUUAUUAAGAAUAUUUUUAUUAAGCCAUCCAAAACAUAUUUAGAUUAUGAAGAUAAUUUACAAUAUUUAACUAUGAAUUGCUGCUUCAUCUGGUUACUUGAAAUCAAGUCACUAAAAUAUGAUACUGCAGCAAAUUGUAAAAAAUGGUUAAGAUUUAAGAUAAAUAGCAGUUUAUUUUGGCCUAUGGUCUAUCAGUCAAAGCUGAACUUUUCGAGCAUUUGGGAAAUGAGAUAAACGAUGCUGAGUUUUUUUGCAAUUUUGGGAGGUUUGAUUUGUACAAUAAGGAUAUCUUUUACGGAAUCAUUAAAUACUUGCAAAAUUAUAAUUAUUAUAUGUUUAUUGGUGUUAUUAUCACUUCAAAAGAAUAAAUCUAAGUAUGUUUUUAACAUCUAAUUUUUGUAGAGUGAAUUGUUCUAUGGCGUUAUUAUCAAUAUUGUAACAUUUUUAUUAAGCCAUCCAAAACAUAUUUAGAUUAUGAAGAUAAUUUACAAUAUUUAACUAUGAAUUGCUGCUUCAUCUGGUUACUUGAAAUCAAGUCACUAAAAUAUGAUACUGCAGCAGAUUGUAAAAAAUGGUUAAGAUUUAAGAUAAAUAGCAGUUUAUUUUGUACCUGUGUAUUGAAAUGGUUUACCUAAAUAAAUGUUUCUGUAUUUUUUUAGCGUUUCAAUUUGAAGUGCACUAUUAUUUGGUAGUCUGUUUCCGUUUGUGACCACUGUAACUGUUUGGUGAAGUAGAAAUAUUAAACUGCCAAAUAUAUACUAUAUUAAUUAAUAUGCUCUGUUAACUAAUCCGAUAGAAAAGUCAUUAAGUUUAUAAAUUGAUUUUAUAGUUUGUUUAAUCUCUUUAUCAUUAAUAAAUUGUAGAUGGGCAAAGA